GACUCCACUGAGCACUCCUCAGGCUCUCAGCCUCGGAUUAUUUGGGACAGAGGAAAACUUGACUAUGCACUACACAUGGCUGCUGCUGCUGCUGCUGCUAAAGCUCGGGGGAGCUAGUUGUGCUGUGGUGCAAUGGACAGAAUUAGAGGAAGCAAAGGCCUAUUUGAAGCAGUAUGGUUACCUGAAUGAACCAGCUGAUCCUCAGGACCCUCAUAACCUGGAGGAGAUCAUGGAAGCCCUCAGGGUUUUCCAGAGGGCGAAUGAUUUGCUACCCACUGGAGAAUUGGAUGAACCUACUCUGGAAGUAAUGAGACAGCCGCGCUGUGGCUUGGAGGACCCCUUCAACAAGAAGCAUCACAAAUACAGAGUGAUGGGUUGGUGGAGAAAGAGGAGUCUGACCUACCGCAUUUACAACUACACACCUGACAUGAAGAAGGCACAGGUCAAGAUGGCUAUCCGCUCUGCCUUCCAGUACUGGAGUGAUGUGGCUGCAUUGACCUUCAGAGAGGUCGACUAUGGCAGAGCAGACAUAAAGAUCUCCUUCCAUAAGAAAGAUGGCUACUGCGCCCAUCCAUUUGAUGGCCGCGGUCAUGUACUCGCCCAUGCUGAGUCACCAGAGUCUGGUAUUGUCCAUUUUGAUGAGGAUGAGUUCUGGACCGAGGGAUCAUAUUAUGGCACUAAUCUGCGUAUUGUGGCUGCCCAUGAAAUUGGCCACGCCCUGGGCCUGGGCCACUCUCAGCACAGAAGCUCACUGAUGGCUCCAGUCUACGCUGGUUACAAUGCCAACUUCAGGCUGCACACAGAUGAUAUCAGAGGCAUCCAGGCAUUAUAUGGCAAACGCGUUACCAGCACUUUAGCCAGUCCAACACCCGCAGGCAGUCUGCUUCCCACAGAAAGCAGCCAUGAAACUGAGAUCAUCCCCGACCCCUGCACUGCCAGACUGGAUGCCAUCAUGUUGGGUAAGAUUAGCUAUUGCUUCAGUAAUUACAGGAGAAGCCUCAACUGUGUGCUUUUUGGCCUGACUUUCUGCAAGACCACAACACACCGAAUUUACAUGGAAUAG